UCGGAGCCAGUAAUGAUGACCCAAUGCCAGCCGUCAAAGAAUUUGAUGCUCUCAAAAAAGCCGGAAUUUCCCCUAAAAAACUCCUUUUUGUCCUCACUCGCUUAUCUACCCCCAAAGAAGCCGAAGCCAUCAAAGAUUAUUUAACUGAUACUG